AUCCCUCCUCUCUCUCUCCACCCCUCAUCCAACGGUCUCAUUUGUUAGGAAUGCUGCCUUCCCAUUUUCUCGGGAAACAAACGGAAAACAAAGGGGCAAAAGGGUCGAGAAAUAUCUAAGAUUUUUUCGGGAUUUGUUUUUCUCUCUUUGUUCUGUUUGUCUCUUCCUUUCUCUUUCGAUGACGUACAGUGAUGCCGUCGAAGAGACGGUGCCGGAGCUGAGAUUGAGAUUGGAAGAUACCAAUAAUGGCGAUUACGUGAAAUUGAGAGGAUCAUCGGAUGGAGGAGAUGGGUUUUUGGCGGAAUCUUCGGGACGGUCGAGAGGGUCUCUCUUGUUCUGGGUCAAGUUUAUCUUCCUGUUCGCUUGCGUUGGUGUGUUGGCCGCUCUGUUCAUCAAAUGGGUCGCUCCGUUUUUUAUCGACAAGGAGCUUAUUCCUUUUAUAAAAUGGGUGAGAAGAAGAUUCAGCAUUCCAAUGCUCGGUCUUCUGCUCUUUGCCUCUAUCGCAUUGUUCCCUGCCUUUCUUAUUCCCUCUUCUCCCUCCAUGUGGAUGGUUGGUCUUACAUUUGGCUAUGGCUAUGGAUUUCUACUGAUUUUAUCGGCUAUGAGCAUUGGUGUUUCACUUCCUUACUUCAUUGGCCAUCUCUUCCUCAACAAAAUUCAAGAACGGUUGGAGAAGUACCCUAAGAAGGCUGAGAUACUACGAGCUGCCGGUGAAGGAAACUGGUUUCACCAGUUUCAAGCCGUUACCUUAAUCCGGGUUUCUCCAUUCCCUUAUAUGAUUUACAACUACUGUGCAGUGGCAACUGGUGUUCGUUAUGGUCCUUACGUCUUCGGAUCUCUUGUCGGGGUAAUUCCAGAGAUCUUUGUUUCGAUUUACACGGGCAUCUUGAUAAGAACACUAGCAGAUGCAUCGGACAAGCGUCACAGCAUGUCGGUUGGAGAGAUCUUAGUGGACAUUCUGGGCUUCUGCUUAACAAUGGCUGCAACCAUCAUUUGCACAGUCUACGCCAAGAAUAAGCUCAAUUCAAUGCAAUCAGAUGAAGAACCUUUGCUUCAAUAACACGUAGAAGAUCAAGAAAAUCCCUUCACACGAACACCAAAGAACAUCAAGAAAACCCAUAUAUUAUCUGCAGAAGAUAUAUAUAUCUACCAUGAUCUUGGAACCGAUCAUAUCCUUUUCCCUGUGGUUUUGUUCUUUCCACUGGGUCUUCUUGUUUGUAUAGAUUUGAAUCCAAAGUUCACUUCUUUUUGUAAGUAAUCUAUGGAUUAGUCAUUCAUUUUC